AUUUGAAAGUCUUUAAUUUGAUCAGAUCUUAAUAAUGUCUAGAAUUAUUGUAAAGAAUUUACCGAAAUUAUUAUCAGAAGAAAAGUUUCGAGAACAUUUCGCUAAAAAGGGUGAAGUAACUGAUGCUAAACUCAUGAAGACAUCUCGAGGAGCCUCUCGUCGAUUUGGCUUUAUAGGUUAUAAGACAGAAGCAGCAGCUGAAGCCGCAAUUGCAUACUUUAAUAACACUUUCAUUAACACUUCUAAGAUUACAGUUGAAAAAGCAAUUGCUUAUGGUUCAGAAACGUUACCUAGACCUUGGAGUAAAUAUUCAGAAGGUUCUUCAGCUCAUAAUCGUUUAACAGGAACUACAAAAAAGGAAGAAUUUAAGGUUGAAGAAACGGACGCCUUUCAAGAAAAAAAGAGACAGGAGCAAGAUUUUAUUGAUAAAUUAAAUGCGGAUAAGAACGACCCUAAAUUAAAAGAAUAUUUGGAUGUUAUGACUUCUCGUUCCAAGAGCAAGACUUGGGCUAAUGAUGAUAGUGCUAUUGCUGAACAAAAGAAAAAAGAAGAAGAAGAAGAAAAUAUAUCAACCACAGUUCAUUAUAAGGACUCUGAUGAUGAAUUGUACGAAGAUCUUCCUCCAAAAAAAGAUAUAAAAGAAAAUGAAGAUGAAGAAAUGGAAGAAGUAGAUAAUAUGGAAGAGGAUGAGCCUAUGGAAAAUGGAGAAGAGGAGAAAAAACCAUCAAUUGAACAAGAAAAUGUAGACAUCAAAGAAAAUAAGGAGGAACAACGAGUAGAAGAAAAGACAAAAGACCCUAAAGAACUGAUUGAAGAUACAGGUCGUCUUUUCGUUCGUAAUCUUCCAUAUACUUGUACCGAAGAAGAUUUGAAAGUACUAUUUGAAAAAUAUGGCACACUUUCUGAAGUUCAUAUGCCAAUUGCUAAAGACACCAAAAAAUCUAAAGGCUAUGCAUAUAUUUUAUAUUUAUUACCUGAACAUGCUGUUAAAGCAUAUGAAGAGUUGGACAUGAAAACUUUCCAAGGUCGACUUUUACAUAUUUUACCUGCUGAAGAAAAGCCAGCUGCUAAAGAAGAGGAAAUCUUGGGUGUAAAUGGAACAAAGUUAAGUUCUGUUAAAAAGGAAAAAGAAAAGAAGCGUAGAAAUCUUGCAGGUAAUGACUUUAAUUGGAAUUCAUUGUAUAUGAGUGCUGAUGCUAUUGCUGAGUCUAUUGCUGAUCGUUUGGGUGUAUCCAAAUCGGAUGUUUUGAAUCCUGAAGCUGAUAACCAAGCUGUGAGAUUAGCUUUAGCAGAAACUCAAAUUGUGAACGAAACAAAGGAAUUCUUUGAAAAGCAUGGUAUUGAACGAAGUGAGACUGUUAUCUUGGUUAAAAACAUCCCUUAUGGUACAAAUGAAGACGAUUUGAGAGAACUUUUUGGUAAACAUGGUGAAUUGGGUCGUGUCCUUAUACCCCCUGCUAAGACAAUUGCAGUUGUUGAAUUUAUUGAACCUAGUGAAGCUAGAAACGCAUUCAAGUCUCUAGCUUAUCGACGAUAUAAAGAUUCACUUAUUUAUCUUGAAAAAGCACCAAGCGGUUUAUUCAGAAAUAAGUUUGUACGUGAUACUACUGUUAAUAAAGAUAAGGAAGAUACAACAGAAAAGCCUACACAUGCUGCUGAUCUAUUGCAACCAACAGAAGAAAUAGAUUCUGAUGAUAUUUCAACAUUAUUUGUCAAAAAUCUUAACUUUAAUACCACCCCAGAAUCACUUCGUAAUGCAUUUAAAGGAAUUGCUGGUUAUCGUUCAUCUCGUAUUAAUGUUAAAGCAGAUCAUAAAAAUCCUGGCAAAGUCUUGAGUAUGGGUUUCGGUUUUAUCGAGUUCAAUAAUAAAGCUAAUGCUGAGAAGGCAUUAAAGGCUAUGCAGGGAUAUAAUUUAGAUGGUCAUACUUUAGAAUUGAAAUUUUCUAAUCAUAAAGCAGAAUCAAAAACAAAGAAAGCUAAAUCACCCGAAACGACCAAGUUGGUUGUUCGAAAUGUACCAUUUGAAGCCACUGAUAAAGAUUUAAGAGAAUUAUUUGGAACUUAUGGCCAACUUAAAUCACUUCGUCUACCUAAGAAAUUCAACGGUGGUCAUCGUGGUUUUGCUUUCUUGGAUUUCCUUACAAAACAAGAAGCAAAGAAUGUAUAUGAAAAUAUGAGUAAUAUUCACUUAUACGGUCGUCAUCUUGUACUUGAAUGGGCUAAAGAGGAUGAUAAUGUCGACUCACUUCGAGAAAAAACAGGCAAACAUUAUGCUAAGGAAGAGAGCUUUAGUGGACGUGCGAAUAAGAAACAAAAGAUUGACUUGGAUCAUAAUGAUGACAUGUUGGAAUAAUUCACUUUGUAUAACCUUUUUUUUUAUUUUUUUUUUUGUUAGUUAAAAACAAAUAAUAAUAAUAAUAAUAAUAGUAUAUAAAUAUAUAAUAGACAUCUUAUAAAAGAAAAAUAC